CGUAGACUUCAUCAGGGGAAAAGGGGUCUGUUUUGCCCCUAUUGAACCUAGCUAAAGUGGGGGAGGUUGAUAAGAUAAGACGAGCAAUAGGAUGAAAUGGGCUAGGUGAAUGCCUAAUUAGGCACACCCACCGCGAACGUCAACGUCAACGUCAACAUCGCCCUACUUACCUACUCAGAACAACAUCACAACCUCACAGUCACUACUACGCUACAGUCACUACUACGCUUUGGGUAGCAGGGGAAUUCGUAAGAGCGAGCAAGUGAGCGAGCCCACUACACAGACCGACCGACGGGCGGAACCGAGUUCUUCCCGGCUGUAGAGAACCCCCGAAAGAGAAAGAGGCAGGGAGUCGGAGGAAGAGUUGGAGGCACAGGUAGACGGACGGAGAUAUGUACAGCCCGCCACCUGUCCCGCCGCCCAAGCCGAGCAGCCACGAUGCCAGCCGCCUGGGCACGCCGUCCGCGAGUUCUUCCUCUCUGGCGCGGCCGCUGCCACCGGACGAUCUCGCUUACUCCUCCGCCUCCUCCUCCUACCAGGACGAGGGCAAGGCCAAGGCCACUCCCGCCACAGCUGCUAUGACGACGACAACAGAUGCGUCGGGCCUGAUACCCGCCCCGACGGCGGAGAGUGGUGGUGCCGAUUUUGCGGCUGGCGGCGGUGCUACGGAGAGAGCGCAGCCGCCGCCGGAGGAUCCCGGCGAUGGCUGGUUGCCGAAAAUUCUCGAGGAUAAAUCGAAGCAGGACCUGGCCGAGAUCCUGGGCAACCCAGCGGCGCUAGACGCGCUGACCCACGCGCCGUCGGCGACCCACCCGUCGCUAGCGGCUUCGAGGGACGCCCUGCUAGCCGCGCUUGCCGACAACACGGCGCUCGCGGGCCGGCUCACCGAACUCGAGGCGCGGCUCGCCUCCCGCCGCGCCGCCGCCCAGGCCCAGCUGCUCGCAACCCACGCGCUCGAGCGCCAGUGGCGCCAGAAGCAGGCCGAGAUGGACGCCGCGCUCGCGCCGUUCGCGCCCGCCGCCCUGUACGCACGCCUCGGACAGGCCCUCGCCGAGCAGGAGGCCGUGUGCCGCGCGCUCGAGGAGAGCUUCCUGGAGGGCGGGGGAGGGGGAAGUGGUGGCGCGGGCGGCGGCGCGGGUGUCGGCGGCAGCGGCGGCGGUGCGGGAGAGAGGGGAGGGGCGGCCGGUGGAGGGAGAAGAGAAGGCGGAGAGGUCGCGACGGAGAGGGAAACGCUUGAUUGGGUCCGUCGGUACCGCGACGCGAAGAAGCUUUAUCAUCUCCGCCACGAGCGCCGCGAGAGGUGGAACGAGCACCGCGUCGGGGGGUGGCGGUGAGGGGCCUCGCGUUUACUUUUAUAUGUUGCUGUCCAGGUGCGACACCGAUACGUUCAGGUCGCGGAGACUUUUCUCGCGAUCCCCGCCCUGUCGAGAAGAUACUUCCCUGUCUCAACAACUUAAUUACUAUUAAAUCAUCCCUAGAAUUCUCUUGACACGCCCAAGCGCAGCU